AUGGCCGCCACCAAGACGCCAUGCUCCUUCCUCCCCACGCCAACCGCCUACAUCCCCGAGCUCCAUGGAUCUCCCGCAACUAUUCCUGCGUACUCCGACUGCGACAGUUACUGUCUACCGCAGGGCCAGAGCGUUGGAGAUCUUGCACGGUGCCUGGUCGAGGGCUCUGCCGAACCGGCACAAGUCCGGUAUAAUGUGGAUGUGGAUGCGGGUGCUACAUCCAUUAACAGUCUCAUCAUCAGCUCGGGUGCAUCUGCAGCGAAGACUUCGAGUGAGGGACCGAGUACGCCUACAGCCAUGCCCGCAACGGAAACGGGAGACGUACAGAGCAAAUUUACAGAGAAAGAGAUGGAGACGGAGCUGGAGACCCGAAUGAAUGGUGGCGAGAUGCAGAUAAACAGCGUUAGUGUGACGACGGCGAUACUCCUCGCGUUGAUGGUGUUUGGGGGUGCGGUGCGGCCUCCAGCUGUUCCUUGA